AUGAAUAAGUAAUAUGUAGGUGAAGUGACCCAAGACAGCCAGAGAUGGCCUCGUCAGCCUUAAUAAUAAUAACAGCAAUAGCAAUAAUCUUAAUUAGUUUAACAACAAAUAUAACAACAAGCAAUACAACAAUAGUCUUAACAAUAGCUCUUAUAAUAAUAAUAGCAAUUGCAAAUGCUUGAAUAAAAAGAAAAUUUUUCAGCUUAAUUUAUGGCCUACCAAGGGUAGUAAUAAGCUUAAUUUUUACAAUAGUCAUCCUAGCAAUAGAUUCCACAAUAACCUAAUUUUUCAUAAACUCAAUAACAGCCUCUUUCAUAUCGCCUCAAUACAGAUCAAUCUAAAUCUCCUCGAAGAGAUAAAGUUGGUCUUUCACGCAGUUAGAGUGGUGGAAAUUACCAACCUUAAUUGGAUACAUUUUUCUUAACUGGGUGGGGUAAUUCAAAAUGUGGUUAAUUGAGUGCAUCAAAAUUAACAAAUAAUGCAAUCUAGGCAUUUGGUAAUCGUGUUAUAAGUGUAAGUGCUGGUGAGAAUCACACUAUGAUUAUUGACCAUAAAUAAGAACUUUACGCUUGUGGUAGCAAUGCUUAUGGCUAAUUAGGUAUUGAAGGAGUCAGCUACUUAAAUAAACCAACUCCUAUUCCUGGUUUAAAAGAUGUUAAAAUUAGCAUGGUAAGUUGCGGCUCAGAUCACACAUUUGCAUUAACAACAUAAGGAGAAGUGUAUGCAUGGGGUUUGAAUUUAAAAGGUUAAUUGGGUAUAGGAAAUUUCGAAAAUCAAUUCUCACCAGUCUUGGUCUACUCUUUGCUUCCUCUUGGUCAAAAUAACAAAAGAGCUAAAAAGAAAAGCAGCGAAAAUGAAAAUGACCCUAAUUCCUAACACAAACGUUUGAAAAGUGCUAACGAGCUAAGAGGUCAAGGAGAAGAUUAAUCCCCAGGACUCAAAGAUAGAUCAAACUCUAUUGAAAACAUGAUGGAAUAAUUAAAUCGCAUAAAAUUAUCAGAAAAAACCAACAAACCUAAAAAUAACAGUAAUAGUGGAUCUCACGGAAGUGUAAAUUUCGCUGGAAGUGAUAUAUCAACUUAAAUUUAAUUGUCAAAUGAUGAAAUCGUUUCAUACAUUGCCUGUGGAACCCUUCAUACUGUUGUAGUCACUUCAAAAAAUAGAUUGUUUUCUUGUGGUUAUGGUGAAACUUAUGCUUUAGGUCAUGGAGAAAAGUCAACUUUAAAUGAAUUUAAAUUGAUUUCAACAAUUAAAUCAUAAUAAUAACAAUAUGGAAUGAAUAGAGGAGCUUUGGAUGCUUCUCCAAGGUUAGAAAAAAUAGAAAAGUUAUCUUGUGGAUUAAGCCAUACAACAUGUGUUAUUGGAGGUCGUGCCUAUGUGUGGGGAUAUUGUGGCUAAAGAGACUCUUUAAUUUACUAAUAUCCUACUGAGAUGGAUUUCUAACAGGGAUAGACUACUUAAAAUGUAUCAUCAAAUAUUAUUGAUGCCAGAGCUGGAGAUUGUUUUACUCUCUUCCUAAACAACAAGGGAGAUGUUUAUGCUCUUGGUGAGAACACAGAAGGAUAGCUAUGCUCAGAAUAUAACAGCCCUUACGAGUAUCCUUAAAGAAUCAAUAGUUUACCUAGUAUCAGUCAAGUCGCUGUUGGAAAAAAUUAUUGUUUGGUUAUCUCACGUGAUUUAAAGUAUAUAUUUGGAUGGGGAUCAAAUGCUUUCGGUUAAAUAACAGGAAGAUUGACCAGUAGCCCUGUUUUAUGCUAACCUGUCAAGGUAUAAACCAUAAAUCCAGAAAAUAAAGAUAUAAAAUUGAUUUGUGGUUCUUAUCACACAAUCAUGUUAUCAAGCAAAUCUUUAACCGGAAAUGAGUUUAUCUUGAAAGAAGAUGAAUAACCUGUAUACAGCAAAGAUCUUAAACUUGACAGUGGAGAUAAUGUCGGAAAUGAACUAGAAAAGAUUAAAAAAUAAAGCUAAAUAGAAAGUGAUAAAUAUUAAAAACUUAUUGAAGAAAAACAAAAUGAAAUAGAAGCCUUGAAGAAAUGUAACAUGAACUUAAUCAAGAAUCAAGAAAAAAAUGCAAGAGAUAUCAAAGAUUUGAAAUUGAGAGAACAUGAAUUCUAAAAGCAAUUAAAGGAAGCUAAAUAAAGAGCUGAAUAGGCUAUGGCUUUAGUAAAUAAUUAAACUGGAGCUAAUAACAUUAGCUAGUAGCAAACAAAUGAGUUGUCGAAAUUCUAAAUUAAGGGUCUUGAUAAAUAUAAAAACCUUAACUUUAGAAUGUUCAAUUCUAAUUUAGACAUCGAUUUCAAUGAACUAACUACAGAAACUAAAAUUAGUGAAGGUGGUUAUGGUAUUAUCUACAAAGCCAAAUGGAGAGAAACAACUGUAGCAGUUAAGAAAUUUAAGAUGGUCCAUGAUGAAAACACUGUUAGAGAUUUCCUUUCAGAAUGCCACGCAAUGGAAGCUCUUCGUCAUCCAAACAUUGUUAUGUUUUUAGGUGCAUGUACAAAAUCUCCAAACUUUUGCAUUAUUUUAGAGUACUGCUAAAAAGGAAGUUUAUGGGGUUUGCUAUAAAGUGAUGUGAGAUUAUCUUGGGAAGACAGACGUAGAAUUGCUUUAGAUGCAGCAAGAGGUGUUCAUUACUUACAUUCUUCAAACCCUCCAAUUUUGCACAGAGAUUUAAAGAGUUUGAAUUUAUUGCUUGAUGAUAAUUUAAGAUGUAAAUUAGCUGAUUUUGGCUGGACAAGAGUAAAAGAUGAUAAUUAUAUGACUGCUAAAAUAGGUACUUAUCAAUGGAUGGCUCCAGAAGUCAUUAGUUCAAAUAUUUAUACUGAAAAAGCAGAUGUAUUCAGUUACGGCAUUAUCCUUUGGGAAAUAGCAUCAAGAGAACCUCCUUAUAGAAAUAAGAGUGGUACUGCUGUCUCAGUAGAAGUAGUAAAAAAUAAUUUACGUCCUACCAUUCCUAAGAAUUGUCCUCCUUAAUUCGCUGACUUAAUGCAAAGAUGCUGGGAUAACAAUUAAAACUUAAGACCUUCAUUCAAUGAAAUAAUAAAGGAAUUAGAAAAGAUGAAUUUUUCAAAAACUCCUUGA